UCUGAUUUUAUGUGGUCGACGAAGAAGACAGCGGCUGCAGCCCGCAGGAACCUGCUAGCAGUUGAGAAGCUAACUGCUAACGUAAUGUCGACAGCCUCUAAAGUGGUGCUGGGAGUUUCUGUGGUUCUGACUGUGAGUACUGUGGCUGCGGUCCACCUCAAACAGAGCCAGGACAGACAGCGUCUCCUGGAGGGCGUCUUGAGAGAUUUGGAGCGUGUGGAGAGGAAGAAGGAGAACCUGCGGCUGCUGGAGGAGAACAGGAAGUUGACCACGCAUCUAGAAGAAGACCAACGGCGUAGAGAGGCGGAGCUCCGCCCUCAAGAACUCACCGACCACUGA